AUGACUACAGCUACGUUGAAUGGGGCAUUCAAUUCGGCCGCGGAUACACCUUCACCCGUCUAUCCAGACCGAUUAAUCCGACCUCUCCCCAGACGGACCUUGCGCUCACGUCUAUCCCUCGAUGCCGCCGAUUCGAUUCUAUAUCCUCCGACGCCCGCUGCAACCCAAGUCUUCCACGGCGUGCCGAUAGAUAGCGGGGAUGUUGAGAAUGACUCAAAGGUCUAUGUACAGGAGUCCGUGGAGCAUGAAUGUCCAGACUGCAACUCGUGGCAUCACUUUUAUGAGGAUGACGUAAGUUGUGACUGUGACAGCGCUGAUGAGGAUGGUCCUGUUGUGGUACGGCGGAGUGCUGGUUUCCGGGGGGCUUCUCUGUCUCCGUCGGCUUCGAGCUCUCACCUCCAGAGGAUUCCGGUUAACGGAGAAGGGGCCCGUCAAAUCAAGUCUGCUUCAGCAGGCCCUGAUGGGUAUGAUGCCUUCGAGAACACCAACAACAAGAAGAAACGCAAGAUCCCAACACCGGGGAACAUGGGCAAUAACCAUUCUAGCUUGUCUCCAGAGUUUUCUGCUAUGGGUCUCGCGACAUCGGCACCGUCGACGCCUUCCGCAAUGACAGCUGAUACUUUGACUUAUUAUGGUGUGGGCAAUCCGGCGUCUCCGGUUGGGAGCGGGGUUUCCGGUUCAGGCAGAGGCCGCCUUGGGCGCCAGGUGCCUCGCAGUGGCAGUGGAAAAAUUCCAUUGUCAGUCCAAACUCAAAUUGGUUUUGUAAAUGGUCGGUUGCCAUCUCGUCAGAGCGGACUGUUGUCCUUUCAGGAACAACAGGUACUCCCGUUCUCCCCUGUUCUUUUCUUUUGGCGUGACCCCGCCAGGAAUUCAAGCCAAGGUAUCAUUUCGGCCGCCAUCGCAAACGCUGCUGCGGUCUCCUCUCCGCCAAGGGGCCUUAGUAAUGCCAGCUUGCUUGACCAGCAAAACAAUGCCACGACGCCCACAAAGACCCAGUUCACCUUCACUUGUGAAUCGAACUCUUCCAAAGGCAUGGCAAUGCAGCCACAAAGCACCUUCUCCGCACAGCUCCGCUCGCCCACCUCGCCCCUUUCCGCGAUGGCACAUAAUCCCCGAAGCUUUUCCACGCAGGGUACACAAACAAGCCCAAGUAUGACGGCACAAGCCAAUCAGCAAUAUCAGCAAUCAUCGCAGGCGCAGCAACAACCUCAUGAAGGGUCCGUUCCCGAACCGGCCAACGCUGGCAGGAAGAAGAAGCGGUCCCCGGGCAGUAUCUAUGCGUUGGCUGCACGCCAACGAAAAAUCCAGCAGCAGUAUGCCAAUCUUCACCACCCUCCGAGCAUUGAAGAUCUCUGGAUUUGCGAGUUUUGCGAGUAUGAGAGUAUCUUUGGUCGUCCACCAGAGGCUUUGAUUCGGCAAUAUGAGAUCAAGGAUCGCAAGGAGCGGAAGCGAUUGGCGGAGAAAAAGAGACUGCUCGAGAAGGCUAAAAUGAAGGGGCGGAAGAAUAAAAAAGCCACCAAAAAUGCAACAAAGAAUACCGCGGCUCAGCCCGGCUACGAUCGUGCGUCUGUCGAUCAUUCGUCUGCGGGGGGGUCAGGAGGCGGCCAUGAAGAUGAUUAUAAUGAUUAUGAUGAAGAGCCGGCUCCCGUCCCGGGUCCGCCACCCGCCUCUUUCAAGCCGCCAUUACCCCCAGAGCAUCAACCCAGGAUGCCCGCGAACUCCACAGUUCUGCCUGGUGCAAUGGAUUCAGAAACGAGUCGACCACCAUGA